GGGCCCAGCCUAGCCCCCUGGGGACCCCCGGAGAAGUGGGGAACAGCCGGGGGGGCCGGGACGGAGCUGUCGCCGGCCCCCACCGGAGGAACGGGGCGCCCGGCCGCAGGGGGGGCGGCCGGGGGGCCGGCCGGGCCGGGGCCAAGGGCACCAUGUCGUCCGGGGGCAAGGAGGGCGGCGGGGGCUCCCCCGCCUACCACCUCCCGCACCCGCACCCGCACCCACCCCAGCACGCCCAGUACGUGGGCCCCUAUCGGCUGGAGAAGACGCUGGGCAAAGGACAGACAGGGCUUGUUAAACUUGGGGUACACUGCAUCACGGGUCAGAAGGUCGCCAUCAAGAUCGUGAACCGGGAGAAGUUGUCGGAAUCCGUGCUGAUGAAGGUGGAGCGAGAGAUCGCCAUCCUGAAACUCAUCGAACACCCUCACGUGCUCAAGCUUCAUGACGUCUACGAGAACAAGAAAUAUUUGUACCUGGUUCUGGAGCACGUGUCUGGGGGUGAGCUAUUUGACUACUUGGUAAAGAAGGGGAGACUGACACCCAAGGAGGCCCGGAAGUUCUUCCGCCAGAUCGUGUCAGCACUGGACUUCUGCCACAGCUACUCCAUCUGUCACAGGGACCUGAAGCCAGAGAACCUGCUGUUGGAUGAGAAGAACAACAUCCGCAUUGCAGAUUUCGGCAUGGCAUCCCUGCAGGUGGGGGACAGCCUCCUGGAGACCAGCUGCGGGUCCCCCCACUAUGCGUGUCCAGAAGUGAUCAAGGGGGAGAAGUAUGACGGCCGCCGCGCAGACAUGUGGAGCUGUGGUGUCAUUCUGUUUGCCCUGCUUGUGGGAGCUCUGCCUUUUGAUGAUGACAACCUUCGCCAGCUGCUGGAGAAGGUGAAGCGGGGUGUCUUCCACAUGCCUCACUUCAUUCCUCCAGACUGCCAGAGUCUCCUGAGAGGGAUGAUCGAAGUGGAACCUGAAAAGAGGCUCAGUCUGGAGCAAAUUCAGAAACACCCAUGGUACCUAGGUGGGAAACACGAGCCAGACCCGUGCCUGGAGCCAGCCCCAGGCCGCAGGGUAGCCAUGAGGAGCCUGCCUUCUAAUGGAGAGCUGGACCCCGAUGUCCUAGAGAGCAUGGCAUCACUGGGAUGCUUCAGGGACCGCGAGCGGCUGCACCGGGAGCUGCGCAGCGAGGAGGAGAACCAAGAAAAGAUGAUAUAUUAUCUGCUCUUGGAUCGGAAGGAGCGAUAUCCCAGCUGUGAAGACCAGGACCUGCCUCCCCGUAAUGAUGUUGACCCACCUCGGAAGCGUGUGGAUUCCCCCAUGCUGAGCCGGCACGGGAAACGGAGGCCUGAGCGCAAGUCCAUGGAAGUCCUAAGCAUCACAGAUGCUGGAGGAGGUGGCUCCCCAGUGCCCACCAGACGGGCCUUGGAGAUGGCCCAGCACAGCCAGAGAUCCCGCAGUGUCAGUGGAGCCUCCACCGGUCUGUCCUCCAGUCCUCUGAGCAGCCCAAGGAGUCCAGUCUUCUCCUUCUCACCUGAGCCCGGCGCUGGAGAUGAGGCCAGGGGUGGAGGCUCCCCAACUUCCAAAACGCAGACUCUGCCUUCUCGGGGCCCCAGAGGCGGGGGUACCGGGGAGCAGCCCCCGCCUCCCAGUGCCCGCUCCACACCUCUGCCUGGACCCCCAGGCUCCCCGCGCUCUUCCGGGGGCACUCCAUUGCACUCACCCCUGCACACACCCCGGGCCAGCCCUACCGGGACCCCGGGGACGACGCCCCCUCCCAGCCCAGGCGGCGGCGUCGGGGGAGCAGCCUGGAGGAGUCGUCUCAACUCCAUCCGCAACAGCUUCCUGGGCUCCCCUCGCUUCCAUCGGCGCAAAAUGCAGGUCCCCACUGCCGAGGAGAUGUCCAGUUUGACACCAGAGUCCUCUCCAGAGCUGGCAAAACGCUCCUGGUUUGGCAACUUCAUCUCCUUGGACAAAGAAGAACAAAUAUUCCUUGUGCUAAAGGACAAACCCCUCAGCAGCAUCAAAGCGGACAUCGUCCAUGCCUUUCUGUCGAUCCCCAGCCUGAGUCACAGUGUGCUGUCCCAGACCAGCUUCAGGGCCGAGUACAAGGCCAGUGGUGGCCCCUCCGUCUUCCAGAAGCCUGUCCGCUUCCAGGUGGACAUCAGCUCCUCCGACGGCCCAGAGCCCUCACCCCGACGAGAUGGCGGCAGUGGGGGUGGCAUCUAUUCUGUCACCUUUACUCUCAUCUCUGGUCCCAGCCGACGGUUCAAGCGAGUGGUGGAGACCAUUCAGGCCCAGCUGCUGAGCACUCACGACCAGCCCUCUGUGCAGGCCCUAGCAGAUGAGAAGAAUGGGGCCCAGACACGGCCUGCUGGCACUCCACCCCGAAGCCUGCAGCCUCCCCCUGGCCAUCCGGACCCUGAGCUGAGCAGCUCCCCCCGCCGAGGACCCCCCAAGGACAAGAAGCUCCUGGCUACCAACGGGACCCCUUUGCCCUAACGCCAGGGGCCAGGGAAGGAGGGGAGCCCCCUCUGCCCCCCUUCCCUGCCCCCCCCAACUGUGAAUCUGUAAAUAAGGCCCAAGGAAUAUGUCGGGAGGGGGGACACACAAAACCCGGCCUCGCCCUGUUGGGUUGGGGUUCUAGGGGCCGUGCCCAAUGGGGGGAGGUUCUAGGGCAAAAAGGGGGAGGGGAGCUCUUUCUAUUUUAUUUAUUUUAUUUAUUGAUCAAUCUCUGCGGGUGGGGUGGGGGAGGGACGGGAGCUGGUUGGGGUGGCUUAGCAGAUCCGGACAGGGCCCUGACCCUGUGUCAUCCCCAACACCCCCUUCCUGGGCCCUCCCCCCGUCCUUUGCCCUCCCCUAAGACCUUCUGUACGGAUUUGCUCUCCCGGAAGGAAUUCUGGUUUCGCGUGAUCCUGCCUGCGUCCGUGUCUCUGAUUCCACCGGCGGCAACCACAAAAAAUAAUAAAUAGCCUGAUCAGGGA